AGAACUACCGCGUGGAGGUUGGUGCUCAGGGAAUGCCCUCUCUCCUGCGCGUACUAAACCAGGAUCGGUCCGACCUGGAAAUUAUCAAUCUUGCCUUGGAAGCUCUUUCGGAGGUUAUUUGUGAGCAGGAUCAACUAGGCGAGCAGUUCACAGAGAUAUUCAUCAAAGAUUGCGCUAACGUCGGAGCCGUGUUGGAUCUCAUUGAGGAACACGACUUCAAUGUUCGAUGGUCUGCGAUUAAACUGCUUUCGGGACUUGUACUUCACCAGACGAAGCAAAUGCAAAAUGCUGUCUUGUCUUCGCCAAUGGCUAUCUCUCGUCUCAUGGAUUUGCUGGUAGACAGCCGGGAAGUAAUACGAAAUGAUGCACUACUGAUGCUGACUCAACUAACAAAGGGCAAUGCCAACAUCCAGAAGAUUGUUGCGUUCGAGUCGGCAUUUGACCGUCUUCUGGAUAUUAUCUCAAGCGAGGGCUUCGCAGAUGGCGGCAUCGUAGUGGAGGAUUCGUUGACGAUCAUGCUUAACCUACUUCAUAACAAUAUCUCCAAUUUGAAUUAUUUCAAGGAGGGCCCCUAUAUAGGACGUCUGGUAGAAUUCUUUACUCAGCUGAGCGAAAUUAGUAGCGAUUGGUCUCAAAGCAAGGUAGCUAACGUCCUAGCUAUGUAUCGGGUUAUCCGAUGUUUAGUCAGUCCCAAUAACCCGAACAAUGUGACCCGCUCGUGUCAGACCAGCUUGCAAAAAACCGGCCUCCUUAGCGUACUUUGCGAAACUCUCAUGGCAUCCGGUGUACCCGCGCACGUUCUUUGGGAGACGAUCAACACAGUGGCCGAAGUGAUUCGCGGUUGCGCAGAGAAUCAGAUCCAGUUUCGCGCCGUGAAAACGCCGUCUCCGCCACAAACGCCCGUCGUGCUCCUUCUGCUAAUGUCCAUGCUCAUCGAGAAGCAGCCCAUGGAUCUUCGGUGUGCUAUCCUCUAUUGUUUCCAGUGCUAUGUUCAUGGGAACGCCGAUAUCCAGAACGAGCUGAUCGAUCAGUUCGAUAACGGCGCAGAAACCAAACUCCUACAUCAGGGUCUAUCGGCGAAAGAGCCAAUGUCUAACUGGCUAGCGGCGAUGGCUGUGUCAUAUUUCGUCACCGAGCGGAAAAUCCUUGAUCCCGUGUUAUUCGAGGUAACUGUCUCGCUUAAAAACCCAAAUGCUGCAAAUCAAGCCCGUAUUGGUUACCUGAUUCUUAUCACUACGUGGCUUUGUGGCUCGGAAACGAAUGUUGCCAAGUUUGUCAACGCAUCGGACAACAUAUCGUAUCUAACCUCCGAGCUUUGUUUACCAUCGAACGAGCAACAAGAAGCUAUCGUUCAAUCACUUUGUGCCACGACUUUGGCGCUUUGUAUUGUCUUCAACGAUGAUAUCGUGGACGCAUUUAAUCGAACGGCUAUACGGACUCUCAUUGUCAAUCGAGUCGGAAAAGACAGUUUUCUCGAAAAGCUGAGUAUGCUCUCAAAGCAACCCUGUUAUACAGCCGCCCUGCGUUCGCCACAGAUAGUAAGCGAGCAGACACUACUCGACCACAACUUUUGCAGCAUGUACCGAGGCGUAGAAAACAUGUUACACAAGUGCCUGGAUGAAAAUGAUGUACAAGAAAAACAAAUUGAGGACCUCAAAAAGGUUAUUCGUCAGCAAGAACAGCUUAUCGCUGAACUACGUGAAAGUCGCGGCUCUGCUUUACCCCACGCGGUGGCAGCGACGGCGUCCAGUACUGCAGCAGGUGGGGGUAUUCAGCCUUCAACACAUAUUCCAAUGUUACCCACUGGCACUCAACAGUCGUCUGGAAGUUUUCCCAUAUCGACGGCGUCUGGUCCUCCAGUACAAAUGGUUGCGCCUGUCUUUGAGAAGAACUACUACGAACAAUAUCAGUAUUCGAAACAGAGAGUUGUUGAAUUAGAAGCUGAGCUACAAGCGAAGACAGCUGAACUGCAGACGAAGACAACUCAACUCGAAGACCUCCUUGAUUUAAUGAUGGAUCAGGAGGCUAAAAUUAAGAGAUACGAGGAUCAAUUAAGAGCUCUCGGUCGCUCAAUCGACUACCCCAUUGAUGGAGGGGAUGCUCAACCCGAGCAGAAUUUGCAGGAGUCCGCGUUACACGAUGUAUGCAAUCAAGUGCAGAAUGUUUUCCUUAACGACACAGCUGAAGGGACACUUGUUCCACAUCCAGUAGUUUCCAUGGCAACCUCUAUUUCGCAUUCGCUCAGUGGCGUCUUCGGUGGCGGUAGUGGUGGCGGUGGCACCAGCGAUGCCUCAGCUCAGCCUUUGUUGACGACCUCCUCAGGCCAGCCAAUGUUGCCGCUGCAGCAGUCUCUGCGAGAAUCUUCAGUUCAAGGUGCUUUGCUGACUUCGAUAGGACAAACAACUCUCGUUACACCAGCUCCACCGCCGGUUUCGGUCAUCGCUUCUGCCGUCUUGCCUGAAUCUCCGGCAGUACAAGCUAUCACUUCAGUGGUACCGGCCCCCAUUGCGCAGACUGCAACAGUCUCUGAUGUGGGCGUACCACAGCCUCUGCUGAUGACGACUGUAUCUGUCGGAGUGGAACAGCCAACUGCAGCGGCGGCUGCUCCCCAGUUUGUUCAGUUCUACAAUCCUGCCUCGAUGUUUCAGCCGGUGAUGGCCGAAGCCUCCGCAGCGCCCUCUGCUGACCAACCGCCGAGACCGCCCUCGUCAACGGUGUCGAGCAGUGCAGCUGAGCUAACAGGUACGAGCGGUCGUGCCGAUCCCGAGAGCAGCGAACUGAAUGACGGAUUCGAGAUGGUCCCCACCCCGACUGCUGAGCAGCAACAGCAGCCCGCAGCACCACAGCCAGUUCAGGGGGUUGUCCAGGGGGCACCGGGCGGUAGUACUAUCCCUGUCGUGUACCCCUUCCAGCAGACAGCAUCGAUCGUGUCAACUCUCUCGUCGUUGCCACCCUACAGCGCUCCACCCAUCACCGUAGGCGUGCCCAUGUUUGUUCAACAACACCAGGCCACCACCACACCACCAGCAGCAGUAACAGCAUCUAUUCAUGAUCAUCAACAGCAGCAGCAGCAGCAGCAGCAGCACCAUGCGAUGCCCAUGCAGCCGGGAGUUUCUCAGCCGCAACAACCAAGCUAUUUGGAGUCGUUUGUACCAAUGCCCACAUCCGCCACAAGUGGGCAAAGCCACAUUCCUACACAGUUCGUACCCCCCAUGGUGACUUCGCAUAUGGGCGCGGUACCCUUAGCCCCAACAACUUCCCAGGUUCGUCUCUCAUCGCAGCACCAGCAGCAGUCCCCCAUUACAAAUGUCACAGUAUAUCAUCAACAGCAUCCACACGCAUCUGCAAGUAGUGAGAACGGAACUACCGCGCCAAUUUCGACGCCAUUGCCUCCAGCGAGACAUCUGUUCGAAGCUGCAGCAACGGGAACUUCUUCAUCGUUAGCACAGCUGCAGCCAGCCGCUGCAGUAGGUGACGUGCCAGUGUCCCAUAUUGCCAGCUCGUUGUUGUGAAUAUACACAAAUUUUAAUGCGAUAGGCUGAUGCGGUAGCUUUGCAGGAUAAUUAAAAACGCGAUAGAGAUAAAGAGAGUGGAACUAAGAGUACAUACGCGAUAUCCGGAACCGCUAGUCUACGUGACGGUGAAACUACAUAGAUUUUAAUAUAUUAGGUAUAAGUACACGCAAUAAACAAGCAUCACGUUUGUGAAGCACUUGUGAGAAAAACAUACGAGAUAUUAUAAUAAACCGCCAAGGGCCGUCAGCAGAAUGGGUGAAUUCGUGGAGAAGAUAAAUCAUAUUGAGCAAAUAUCCAGUUGACAACUUAAUUGAACUAACUGAAAGUUAAUGAGGUAAUACGUGCGGGAAUGAAAUAGCAAGGUAAUGCGGAUAACCGGCAGUUCUAUAGAUGUUGUGUGGGCAACAAAAGUCAAAUAUAAAAAUAUUUGAGGGUGAAACUACCUUCUUUGAACCGAGUCAGGCACAAAUACAACGGCAAAGAAUAAACAUAUCACCAAAUAAAGUAUGCCACGUUUUAUAUUGGCUUGUUAAGAUGAAUAAAUAAAGCCAUUGAAUUUAUUAUAGUGCAGAUGAGGCAACACUAGAUUAUAGGCUAUGAAUCAAUCUGUAAAUAACAUAUGAGGCGGCCAUAGAAAAAAAGUUACUAGUAGUCUUAUCAUGUAGCACGCGGCGCGAUCCAUUUUGACAAGGGUUGCAGCGAUAAGAAACAUGUUGCGCGAUGAAGGCCGUGCUUCUCACCAACUCACUAGUCAUGUUCGCACACACACACACACGAAUAGCGUGCGAUAGAAGCUGAGCUUUCGAUAUCUAGGAGAGAAAAAGAACAAUCUCCACAGACAUCCUGAGAGAAAUCUAGCAUUAAAGUGGCAACUAAACUAAUCUUCGCUCGUGUUUACAAUCGAUUAGCUGGCAUCGCCUACGACAGCUCAGGGGAUUAUAUAAUAGAUUACUGAGCAAUAUCUCAUGCUUCGCGCGUUUGAAUCAAUCAUUCCUAGCUUUUUUCAGAUGUUGACAAUGAAGACUCGCCAGACCUUAUUGACAUUUUAUUGUUGGUGAUGUUGUUGAUAGAGAUUUACAGUAACAUUGUUGCUGCCAUGUCACAGUGGAGUUGGCACCGGGGCUGACUUAUAGGGAGAUCUAUCUGCCAUUUGGUCUUAUUCGUCCUGUACAUUGGAAUUGUGAAAAUCGCAACUAAAACUGUCUGCAAAACGCAUUUUGCUUUGGUUCAACUUUCCUAUACCAAUUCUGGUUAGCUUGCAUCGUCUGCUCCCCCCGAUUAUAAUAGAAAUAAAAGCGAAAUAACAAUUUUCUCCCUAUAACGUAACCUCCAAGUGUGUACAAGCAAAAUCUUUUAUAUAUAAUAAUUAUUAUAAUAACCAAUAUAACCACAAUUGCACUCUAUCGCAAUUUGCAUUAUACAUCUAAUAUCUAUAUAUAAAAUACAAUGAUUAUUUUCAGUUCGUUACCAUCUUGCUCUAAAAAGAAAUUAACAAUUUAUAUAAAAAAA